ACGGGGAAGGAAAGGUGUACUGUCUUUCAUCCUCAAGUUCUGUUGGAGGGAAGGCAGCAUGAGGCAGGCAGGAAGUCCGAUCGCCAGCACCUCCUCUUCAGCAUGACGUCCGUUUUGUGUCGGAGGCGAGGUGGCCUCCUUUACCUCACCUGCUCAUGCUUGCUGCUGGCGUUCUGCUUCUUCACGUCCGUCCUCAAGCCGAGCGGCCUCCGCCAAUCCCGCAGCCUGGAGGUGUACCCUUGGCAGAUGAUUGACUAUGACGACUACGACUGCGGAUGCUCCAGGUCUGGUCCGCCAAUCGUGAGGGAGAGCGAGCAGUCGAUGUGCAGUGACUGGUCGACGAGUCGAGGCCUGGGCCAAAAAGUGGUGUCAUAUUCGCUAUUCGGCAACAUAAACAAAACUAUCAUUUAUAAUAAAUAUUUUUCAGCGUUCGAAGAUCGACUGAAAGAAGUCGAAAAAUAUUACAAAGGUUGGACGGUUAGGUUGUACCACAACUUAUCCCGGAGCGACGUUACCUCGCAGAAGUACCUGUGCCGCCUGUAUUGCCAAUACCCCCACCUGGACCUCUGCCAGGUGGACAACCUCUUUCCGCCGAAGGGCCAAAAUGCGGACAAUUCUGGACACAGUAAUGAUUCUUCGGCGACGCUGAGUGAGGCACCAAAGCUUCCUGGCACUAUUGGGGCGAUAGCAAUGGCCCGCCUCAAGGCCGCCGCUUCCUUCGGCAUUCAUGAGAGCUACGAGAAGAGGCUCGUGGGACGCAUGUGGCGCUUCAUCACGAUGGCGGAUCCCCUCGUGUCGGAGUUCCUGGUGCGGGACGUCGACUCCUCCGUGCUGCCCCGCGAGGUGGCCGCCGUCCAGCAGUGGCUCCACAACUCCACGGCGCUUCUGCACGUCAUGCGCGAUCACCCCAGCCACAACGGUGUCAUCCUUGCAGGUCAGAGGCGAAACAAACAAAACCUAAUCCUCUCGACUCCACUCAACAAAAAAUCCCCAAACAGCAAGCGACCCACCACCUCCUCCGCUUCACACGCAAACUCUCUCUUCUCAGGCAUGUGGGGAGGGUCUCGAGAUCGCGGCGGAGACUUCCUGAAGGAGCUGCUGGCGAAGAUGGUCCGCUGGCCUCCGAGGAAUAUUUGGGACUACGACCAGAUACUCCUGAAGAGGGUCGUGUGGCCGGAGGUCCUUGAUGACGUACUGGUGCACGACAGCUACUUCUGCGCCAACCCCAACUUCCGGUCCCACCACAGGGCGGCGCCCUUCCCCACCCGUCGCCACGAGCGGUACUUUGUGGGUUGGGGGCCCCUGCGUGACCAUGAACUCGCGGGCAUCACUCCCUGCCCGCUCGAGUGCCGCCCGCCGAUGCACCAGGACUGGACCUACUGCUAGAGGAUACGCUGGCUGGAUACUUACGACUUACGACUGGAUACUUACCACAUUUUAGUGCGGAGAGAUCUUGGUUUUCGCCGAAAGUAUUUCUUGUAUUUUCGAUUGUAGAGUUUUAUUGAGAGGGAAGGCUCUAAAGCAGAAUUAUGAUAAUAAUGAUGAUGAUAAGUCUGUUAAAUAGAAUGAUUGAAUUGAGACAUCCCCCACAAAUGGCCUUUUUUUCACCGAAUAACAUUUACCUUUGACCCUGGCCUACUGUGACUUUCAUUCCGUGAUUGAUUUCUGGAUAAACUUGACUGACUUACUGUGCGGACAAAUGACUAGACUCGGCUUGUUGCUAGACUCUUCUGUCUCUAUUUCUCUCUUUUUCUAUUCUUGUCUGUCUCUUUCUCUCUCUCUCGCUGUUUGUACAGAUACCGUAGAUAGAAUUAGAUAGAUAGAUGUUCAUUCUUUUCACACUGCCUCAAAGACCAUGAAAUUGUCUGACUCCCUGAUUAGACUAAUGACUACAAACUUAACCGCACGUGGUUGCUAAACGUGACUCAUCUACACCCGACGGGACUCCAUAAUCAUUAACGUCAGGUAGACACAAAUGCAGUUCUGGACAUAGUAGAUAGACUGGUUGAGAGUAUAAAACAAAAGACUUCAUAUCCGGUAUCAAUGGACUCGUGAUCUCCGCUGGUAAAAAUUACGAAAAGAUUUAAAACACCCUAAAUGGAGACUGACGGUAACGGAAUAAACAACUGGACUAAUUCAAACAGAAGCCAUAUUUUCAGAGAUUUGUGACUGUUGUGUGAAAUGCCUUCUACGUCAUGCGUUUUCCUACCGCGUAAUUUCGCUAUGUGAAUUUUGACAUGCCGACUUUGUAGUGCAUUUAUUAUUUCGUGUCAAUCUAUUAUUCAUAGGUUCAUUACAUUAUCAUAAUUUCAUACAAUUUCUCGUCCUUUUUGCAAGUAUUUUAAUGUCAUGUUUUGAAAUCGUGGCGUUGGCACAAUAUUGAAUGCUGAUGUUUCAGGGAUCUGACAUAUAACCGAAAUGUCUUAAUCACUGAAGAUUAUCAGACAAAACUGAUGAUAUGUUUAAAAUAUCCUCGCCAGCAACCUUUCUAUAUAAUUAGCAUGAGUUGUUUGCCGAAAGACAAUGAGAAAAAGUGCUGAUGUUUGUGAGUUUGUGAGAAAUAUAGUGUAUGUCUCCAUGUCAGCGAAAUAUAUUGUUACAAACUGUGAUAUGCUUUUGCUUUUCAUAUUUAUGAAAUGUUGUAUUAUAACGUUUAUAUUCUGUUCUCAUUAUGUUGGUCACAUUGUGAACGUCACUUGUAAAUACA